AUGUUAGGGAGCAUCGAUUGCAUGCAUUGGCAGUGGAGGAACUGCCCAGUGGCUCAUGCUGGCCAAUUCACAAGGGGAGACAUCAAACACCCUACCAUAAUCUUAGAAGCCGUUGCGUCGUAUGAUCGUUGGAUCUGGCAUGCCUUUUUUGGAGUGGCCGGGUCCAACAACGACCUCAAUGUACUCAACCAGUCGCCGUUGUUCACUGAUGUGCUUAGGGGAGAAGCACCCGUAGUGAACUUCACGGUGAAUGGACACGAGUACCACUAUGGUUACUACCUUGCCGACGGCAUCUACCCCUCCUGGCCGGUGUUCAUGAAAGGUGUUACUCUUCCACAAAAUGAAAAGCAGCGAGUGUUCACUUCUGCUCAAUCAGCGCAUCGCAAAGAUGUCGAGUGUGCCUUUGGAGUGUUGAAGGCUAGGUUCAACAUUCUAGCAGCUCCGGGACGCUCCUACUCCAGGCGUACUCUUGGAUUGAUCAUGCGUGCAUGUGUCAUUCUGCACAACAUGAUCAUCGACGAUGAGCGUGGACAAAAUUUGGACAACAUCUAUGAGACAGUUGCUUCAAAUGUCGGCCCUGCAAUACACCACCAUGCACCACCAAGCCUAGUAGCCAGGAUUCAGAUGGACACCGAAAUGAGGGAGUCACCGAUGUAUACACAGCUCCAGCAUGAUUUGAUGGAGCAUGUGUGGGCUAAUUCCUAG